CCUGGGAAACACAUACAACACCAUUGGAGAAGCUCUUGCUAUUUGGGUGUUGCUCGAUGUGCGGAAUUUUCUCUCUCUGUAAACAAAACUUAUCUUUCCCCGAAAUUUCUUUUCCUACCAAACACAUUCCUCCCACCAAAACCCUAAAAUAUCAAAUUCUCAACGAAACUAAAUCCUUCCUUCGUCCAAAACGGUGUUUUUCAUGACGAAGAAUUUCAUCAAUUUUGUUCCAGAAGAGAUCAUGUUCAACAUCUUAACUCGUUUGACUACCGAAUCAGUAUUAGAAUGCAAAUUGGUUUGGAAAUCGUGGAAGCGUCUCAUUCAUCAUCCAUCAUUCGCUCAAUUGCAUUUAACUCAUCUCAAUCUUCCUCCUAAUUCAAGUUCUGGGUGUGUUGAGGCUUGGGGAUUUGGUUAUCUACCUUCUACAAGUGAAUACAAAGUAGUUCAGAUUUACGGCUUUAAUUCCUUAGAGGUGGAGGUGUACACUGUUGGCAGUGGUAAUGGAUGGAGAAAUGUUGGAAAGUUUGAUUUCACAUUUCACCCAUAUUAUGACAAUGUUGGUGUGUUUGCCAAUGGAGCUCUUCAUUGGAGGAAUCGUGGUGAUUCAGGAAAGGUUGUGGUAUUUGAUUUAGCUGAUGCAAAGUUUCUUGAACAUAUUUCACCACCUCCAAUGCUACCAGACGUUGAUGAUGAUAUUGAUGAAUUUGCGAUAGGAGUUUGUAAUGGGAUUUUGUUUUAUGGUGUUGAUCAAACCACAGAAGAAGGUGAAAGAUUAUUGGAUGUAUGGCUAUUAAAUAAGAAAGAGCAGGGGGGACAACUGUCAUUUGGUUGGAGUAAAGAGUUUAGUCUUUCCCAUAGAGAACCAUUUACCUUUACCAACCGUGGCCACUCUUUAUUUUACGAUCAGGGCCGUCUCAAGUACUACCGUUCAGAUUUAACCUCACACAUAUUUAUGAGUUUUAGUGACAUAUGUCGUCAAGUAUUUCCUCACAAGCACACCUUAAUUUCAUUGAAACAAUUAGGAGAAGAAGAUACAGAAAAUAUGAAGGCACGAGAGGUUGAGGAGUCAGGAGUCAGACAACAGUGAUUAACGGAGCAACUGUCGGCAGAUUAGAUCCUUAAAUACGUACUUAUAAACAGGAAUCUGUCACUGCACCUCUUUCGGCACUGGUUUUGGUUCCGGUUUGAUUGCACAUCACAUUAAUUCAAACUCGAAUUUUAAGAUCAACACAGGUGGCCAAACUACAUUCUGGUUUGGUAACUGAUUAGGUUCAAGGACCUUGCGUGAUCUUUAUCCUCUCUUUUCAAGCUGGUGCGUAACAAAUGUACAAGCAUCAGAGAUGGUACUUUAACCGAAGGUGAAGUUUCCAACUGGUCUUUGGACGUCUCGUUAAUUUUAAUGAGGUUAGAAUGGUGGAAUCGGUGCAGUUGUUGUGGUUAAUUCUGUCAGUUCCUCUUGAACUGAAUCAUGCCGCUGAUAUUAGAACCUGGAAACUAACAACUACUGGUCACUUAAGUUUUAAGCCCUGUUACAAUCAUACAAUUUCAGGUAUGUCUGCUCCGCCUUUUCCUGAUUUCUUUGUGUGGAAUAAUUCUGUUCCACCAAAGAGAAUCUUCUUUAUUUGGACGGCUGUACAUGGUAAGAUCAACACUAUUCAUAUGCUUAAUCGUAAAGGCAUUCAGCUCCACAGCUCUUGCAUACUUUGUGGCGACGAAGAAAAGAGUAUCAAUCAUCUCUUGAUUCACUGUAAAGUGUCUAGAAGAGUUUGGAAUGAUUUAAACCCCAAAAAGAGACGAUCCUAGGUGUUUCCUAAGUCCAUUUGUGAUAUCGCUUUUUGCUGACAAGGUAAAGGAUUAUCUCAAGAUGGAAGAUGGUCUGGCCUCUUAUUCAUGCUGUUGUUGCUUGGGUUCUUUGGAGAGACCGAAACAAGCAUACUUUUGAAGAGAAGUAUGCUUUUAAGACUGAUGCAGAAGCCAAAACGUGAUUCUUCUAUGAGCAAAGGCAGCUGGAAACUCUCCUCGCAUUAACUUUUCUCAUUCUGUUCAUUCUGUUUUCAAUUGGGAAAUAACCUUUAUCUAGCUGUUUCACUUUUUUUUCUUUUUCUUUUACUUAUAGUCUUUAAAUCAUGUUAGUCUUCCAUAAAUCUGUAAGUUUCCUGCAUGGAAGCAGGCACUAUUGUCGUGGUGUUUCACUUCAUUUACCA